GGCGAUUAGAGCAGUGCCUGCACCCAGCUCCCCGCAGCUCCCGCGUCCCCGGCGAUGCAUCCAGGCCUAGCCUCCCUCUGGCCCCAAAAGUCCCCUUGCGCCUUCAGAAUUCCUCCCGCCCUGCUCUGAUUUCCAGCUGGGCGCCCCUGCUGCGCCAAGAGAGUAAAGGGAGAGAAAAGCACCGAUAGGCGGGGUCCCCAGGAACCCGCGGCCUCCAUGCGGAGGUGGUGGCCGGACGGGCGCGGCAUCCCCUCCGCAAUGCAACCCGAUCUUCUUCCUGGAUUCCCAUACCCACUGUCACACCGGGUCGUCGAACUGCAAAGAGGUGUCCUCUGGUGCUCUCUGCCUGCGAGAAGCCCGAGGGCUUGGCAGGACAGGACGCGCAGUACUCUCGGCAUAAGAAGCUCCCCGGGUUCAGGGUGCGGCUGGGCCUUCGGCCAGGGGCUAGGGAUCUGGAGGGUGCAGGGUGUCAAGGUGGCGAUGAGGCAGGCGGCAGCCUCCUCCCCGACCCAGGCUUCGUUUCCACCUCCACGCAAGAGUGCAAGUUCCUCAAUCAGGUGUCCCAGGCUUUGGCUCAGGGGCGCGGGCGCGUGGCAGCCGUCAGGUGAGUGCCCUAGACGCGCCCCUAAACCCGCCCCGCCUCUCCGCAGAGACUCACUCCCCCUCCUUUUAUGGAGAGGGGAAGGCUAGAGCCCUGGAUCGGCACGGUGGGAAGCGGCCCGAGUGCCGGGCGGGGGCCGGACCGGCUCUCAUGCCCUUUUUGGCGCAGCAGCUCUGGGCGCUGCCCUUUACUGCCGCUGGGGCCCGAGAGAGAGGCGAGCCGGAGACGGCCGUGCUUCUGCAGCGGCCUCCUCCCCUCCCCGCCCGGUGCCGCAGGAUUGCAGCUGGCACUGAAGGGUGGGCAAGCUCGAGGGAGGGGCGCUCCGAGAGCCCCGGCGCCUGUGGGCUCCGAGCCGCGGGCCCGGAGCUUGGAUGGAUUUAGCUGCCUGCGUGAGCGCGUGUGUGGCCACUGCAGUGGCGGUGGCGGCCGGGCCCGAUCUGGCCCGCGAGACCCCUGCGCGCUUCCGAGGAGCCCGGCUGGAGCGCCCGCCCCGCGGCCUCGCCUCCCUGCCGAGCUUCCAGCGCCUCGGGACGCGAUGAGGACCUGGGCUUGCCUGCUGCUCCUCGGCUGCGGAUACCUCGCCCAUGCCCUGGCCGAGGAAGCCGAGAUACCCCGAGAGCUGAUCGAGCGGCUGGCUCGAAGUCAGAUCCACAGCAUCCGGGACCUCCAGCGACUCUUGGAGAUAGACUCCGUAGGUAAAUCGCGAUGCCUGGAGACAAGCCUGAGAGCCCACGGGUCCCACACCAUUAAGCAUGUGCCCGAGAAGCGGCCUGUGCCUAUUCGCAGGAAGAGAAGUAUUGAGGAAGCCAUUCCUGCAGUUUGCAAGACCAGGACGGUCAUUUACGAGAUACCUCGGAGCCAGGUGGACCCCACAUCGGCCAACUUUCUGAUCUGGCCCCCGUGCGUGGAGGUAAAACGCUGCACCGGCUGUUGCAACACCAGCAGCGUCAAGUGCCAGCCCUCGAGGGUCCACCACCGCAGCGUCAAGGUGGCCAAAGUGGAGUAUGUCAGGAAGAAGCCAAAAUUGAAAGAGGUCCAGGUGAGGUUAGAGGAACACCUGGAGUGUGCAUGUGCGACCUCCAACCUGAACCCAGAGCAUCGGGAGGAGGAGACGGGAAGGCGUAGGGAAUCAGGUAAAAAGCGGAAAAGAAAAAGGUUAAAACCCAUCUAAGGCGGCCGACCAGACGUGAGGUGAGAUGAGCCGGCUGCCCUCUCCCGGGACACGGAUGUACGUGGCGUGUGACAUUCCUGAACAUACUAUGUAUGGUGCUUCAUUGCCAAUGUGCGUGCGGUCUUUGUUCUCCUCCGUGAAAAACUGUGUCCGAGGACAAAGAGACAGUGUCUGUUUGUUCAGUGUGACAUCAAAGCAAGUACUGUAGCACUCGGAGAGACAGUGAGAAAGCUUCCUUGUCACAGAGAGCGAAAACAAAACCACAAAAAAAAACACAAAAACCCCAAAAAAAACAAAAAACAAAAAAAAAUCAAAAAAAAAUUAAAAACAAAACAACAAAAAAAAAUCCCAACAACAACAUAAAAACCCACCACAAGAAACAAAGACUGGGGUGGGCGGGCGGCAGGAGGGCCGUCCUGCAGGACUGACCCUUGAGUGGGGACCCAUGGUGGCCACUGCCCUGGAUUCUGCCCGUGGGCACAGGUGCUUUUCACCGAGGACGCCCGGAGCCUGCCUGGGAUGCUGCCCGCUGGGUCCACGAGGGAAGGAAGCUGACAGCUGGGAGAUGCUCAUGGGCCUGGAAGCCACCACCUCGCUUGAGUCUGCCUAAGACCUUCCAGACGGCCUUACGUGGAAUUUCUUUUUCCUUUUCUUUUUUUUUUCUCUUUUCCUUUUUUUUUACACCAUAAAGUGAUUAAGCUUUUUCUUUUUAUUCUCUGCCUAGCUUUUUUCUUUUUCCUUUUUCCUUUUUCUUUUUUUUUUUUUAAAUCUCUUGGAUGACAUUUUCGUCGAUAACACGCACGAGGCUGCUGUAAGUUGGGACAGCGAGACGGUUAUUUUUUCCUAGCCAAACUAAUGAGGUGUAUUAAAAUAAACAUGGUAUACCUACCUAUACAUCA